UCCAUCAUCACCUUGUUACUUGUUACUUGCCUCUCGGUCCUACUAGAACCUUCAAAUCCCAAUAUCUCAAUUAGGGUUUAUCUAGGGUUUUGCUAUUCAUCCCAAAUCCCCAUCCUCCUUCCAAAGCUUGGUCUUUUCUCAUUCGCAACGCGUAAAUGGUUCGCUCCCAAGGUGUCAGUCUCUUCAACCGCCUUGCUCGUCGAUCGCUCUGUGACACAAAAGAUUCCGUAUAUCAAGCAGUGUUCCGAACGGGUUAUAGGACAUUGAACUCGAGGCCUUGCAAUCCAUCUAGAGUUCUUGGUAACUAUGCACCAAAUGUUAUGUUUGGAAAUGGGUUUAAUUUGAAGAACUGGUUGCUAUUGGGAGCGCUGAACACAUAUUGGGGGGCAUCUAGAUCAAUUCAUGGCUCUGCAUCAUUGGCAAGAGACUAUUAUGAUGUUCUUGGUGUGAGUAAGAAUGCAAGUUCUUCUGAAAUAAAGAAAGCUUAUUAUGGGCUAGCAAAGCAGCUCCAUCCAGACACGAACAAAGAUGAUCCUGAAGCUGAAAAAAAGUUUCAAGAAGUUUCAAUGGCAUAUGAGAUAUUGAAGGAUGAAGAAAGGCGUCAACAGUAUGAUCAGGUUGGUCAUGAUGCCUAUGUAAACCAACAAAGCACUGGUUUCGGAGGAGAGGGUGGCUUUAAUCCUUUUGAGCAGAUAUUCCGUGAUCAUGGUUUUGACAAGAACUUUUUCUAUCAGAAUAUUGGUGGAGAGGAUGUCAAGACUUUCAUUGAACUAUCUUUUAUGGAAGCUGUCCAAGGGUGCACCAAAACUGUGACAUUUCAAACGGAUGUGCUCUGUAAUGCUUGUGGUGGGAGUGGUGUUCCCCCUGGUACAAGACCUGAAACAUGUAAGCGAUGCAAAGGGUCGGGCAUUACGUUUGUACAAGCUGGCAUAUUCAGAAUGGAGAGUACUUGUGGUACCUGUAAGGGAACUGGAAAAAUUGUAUCGAAUUUCUGCAAGUCUUGCAGGGGUGCAAAGGUUAUCAAAGGAACAAAGUCAGUCAAACUGGAUAUAAUGCCUGGUAUAGACAACAAUGAGACUAUAAAGGUUUAUAGAAGUGGUGGAACAGAUCCUGAUGGAGACCCUGGUGAUCUCUAUGUUACUAUCAAGGUUAGGGAAGACCCUGUUUUUCGCAGAGAAGGAUCUGAUAUUCACGUAGAUGCUGUUUUAAGUAUCACUCAGGCGAUUUUGGGGGGAACCAUUCAGGUCCCAACUCUUACAGGGGAUGUUGUUCUUAAGGUUCGCCCAGGCACCCAACCUGGUCAGAAGGUGGUUUUGAAAAAGAAAGGGAUCAAAACAAAAAAAUCUUACACACUUGGGGAUCAAUACGUUCAUUUUAAUGUCACCAUCCCAACAAACCUGACACAGAGACAGCGUGAAUUGAUUGAAGAGUUUGCCAAGGAAGAGCAAGGGGAAUUUGAUAAAGGUAGAGCUGCUUCCGCUUCAGGUUGAAAACACUUGCAGAAUCUCCACUAUUUAUCUAGUAGUAAUUCAUGCUCAACUUGGUGGGAACCCACUUACCGUUAAAGUUUUGUAGGAGCAUUAAGGAUUCAUAUUUUUUCUUCCCCUCUCCACUUAGUGUAUGUAAUAUAUUUUUUUGUCAUAAGUGAUAUUUACAACUCAAAUUUUAAAGGUUAGAAGGAAAUUCCCUUAUGCUUGGGCAUCCGUAGAGUUCUAGUCAAUGCUGUGUACAUGUUUUCCCUUUUACAGGUGUGCAAGUCACAAACUGCCAUUCUUUUUGUACUAUCUUAUACAGAGGAAACUUGUAUUAUAAUAUUAAUGG